UGAAGGAGGAAGGAGGGAAAGGGUGAGUGACAGCCGAGUGCAGGAGAGAAAUGGAGUCAGUGCGGACUGGGAGGUUUCAUAAACACCCGGUGUAGGACUCAAGACCCGAAUUGGAAACUCCCGGUCCCUGUUUGCAUCAAACCGACAGCAGCUGCGGCCUCUUCCGAUCUCAGACCCGGGGUAAGGGCCGCCCUCUGACAGUAAUGCCUCUUGUUCACUUUCUGCAGGAGAUUCCACCGGGAUUCUGAGACAGGAAACUCAAACCAAACAUCACAUCAAAACCUGACUGAAUCACUCCAUCCAUCAGGACCUGGACAUUAUCGGCCUCUGAGUAGUAUUAGAAGGGGAGGAUUUGCAGUUGGGAAGCUGUAACAAAGCAACAGAUUAGGAUUUGAAAGAGUCUUUGGAUUCAUCGGGACCUGAAGAUCAUCAGCCUUUGAACAUGGAAGGAAAAAGCAUUGUUCACACUGGAAGGAAACUGUGGAAAUGUGGGGACUGUGGGAAGGGAUUCAGUUACCCAUCCCAGCUGGAAAUUCAUUGGCGCAGUCACACUGGGGAGAGACCGUUCACCUGCUCCGAGUGUGGGAAGGGAUUCACUCGGUUGUCCCACCUAUUGACACACCAGCGUGUUCACACUGGGGAGAGGUCAGUCACCUGUUCUGAGUGUGGGAAAGGAUUUCCUGGUUUAUCCAGUCUGCUGAGACACCAGCGGGUUCACACUGUUGAGAGACCUUUUAAAUGCUCAGAAUGUGGGAAGUGCUUUAAAAGUUCUCAGGAACUGAUGUCCCAUCAACGUGUUCACACUGAUGAGAGACCAUUCAGGUGCUCUCACUGUGGGAGCGGAUUCAAGGCCUCAUGUCACCUCAUUGUACACCAGCGCUGUCACACUGGGGAGAGACCGUUCAUCUGCUCCAAGUGUGGAAUGGCAUUCACCCGGUCUUUCAACCUUCUGACACACCAACGAGUUCACACUGGAGAGAGACCAUUCACCUGCUCUGAGUGUGGGAAGGGAUUCAGUCAGUUAUCCACCCUGCAGAAACACCAGCGAGUUCACACUGGGGAGAAGCCAUUCACCUGCUCUGAGUGUGGGAUGCGAUUCAGUAGUUCAACCGCCCUGCAGAUACACCAGCGACUUCACACUGACGAGAGACCUUUUCAAUGCCCAGACUGCGGGAAGUGCUUUAAACGUUCUCAGGAAUUGAUGUCCCAUCAACGUGUUCACACUGAUGAGAGACCGUUCAGGUGCUCUCACUGUGGGACUGGCUUCAAGCGAUUAUCUGACCUCAAUGAACAUCAGCGCACCCACACUGGGGAGAGGCCGUUCACCUGCUCUGAGUGUGGGAAGAGAUUCACUCAUUCAUCCAAUCUGCGGAGACACCAGCAAGUUCACACUAAUGAGAGACCUUUUAAAUGCCAAGACUGCGGGAAGUACUAUAAAAGUUCCAGGGAAUUGAUGUCUCAUCAACGUGUUCACACUGACGAGAGACCGUUCAGGUGCUCUCACUGUGGGACUGGGUUCAGGCAAUCAUCUCAACUUACUGUACACCAGCGCAUUCACACUGGGGAGAGGCCAUUUACCUGCUCUGUGUGUGGGAAGGGAUUCACUCAGUCAUCCCACCUACUGAGACACCAGAGAACUCACAAGACCGCAGACUCAGUGCCGGAUAGUGACUGGAGCAUGCGCAAUGCGGUCUCUAAAUGGCGCAUGCGCAGUAACAUUUUUACUUGUUGCUGUUCGAAGGAGCCGAGAAAUGGCGAAAACAGGCGGCCUGAAUAUCAUCAGCUUUUGAGCAUGGAAAGAAAAAGCACCAUUCACAGUGGGGAGAAACCGUACACGUGUUCUGUGUGUGGACGAGGCUUCAGCCAAACAUCUGGCCUGUCAAAACAUACGUGCAGUGACAACAGAGAGAAGCCGUGGAAAUGUGGGGACUGUAGGAAGGGUUUCAGAUCCCCAUCUGACCUGGAAACACAUCGACGCAGUCACAAUGGGGAGAGACCGUUCACCUGCUCCUUGUGUGGGACGGGAUUCACUCAUUCAUCCACCCUGCUAAAACACCAGCAAGUUCACACUGAUGAGAGACCUUUUAAAUGCCCAGACUGCGGAAAGUGCUAUAAAAGUUCUGGGAACCUGAUGUCCCAUCAACGCGUUCACACUGAUGAGAAACCAUUCAGGUGCUCUCACUGUGGGACUGGGUUCAAGCGAUCAUUUCACCUCGCUGCACACCAGCGAGUUCACACUGGGGAGAGACCAUUCACCUGCUCCGUGUGUGGGAAGGGAUUCACUCAUUCAUCCACCCUGCUGAAGCACCAGCGGGUUCACACUAGGGAAAGACCUUUUAAAUGUCCAGACUGUGGGAAGUGUUUUAAAAGUUCCUGGGAACUGAUAUCCCAUCAACGUGUUCAUACUGAUGAGAGACCAUUCAGGUGCCCUCAUUGUAUGACUGGGUUCAGGCGAUCAUCUGACCUCACUGCACACCAGCGAAUUCACACUGGGGAGAGGCCGUUCACCUGCUCAGAGUGUGGGAAGGAAUUUGCUCGGUCAUCCCACCUGCUGAGACACCAACAAGUUCACAAGCAACUCCAAUGAUUGGAUUUUGCUGUUAAUCACAUCCAGGACUGAACCAUGUGCAUUGGGGUCUGUUUCUGCUGAUGUUAAUAUACCCCAGCCCAGCUAUAGGUGUUAAUAUUCUGUA